ACAUUCCUAGUACCAAUUGUUUCAACAAUUUUGUUGUUUCCCGCCAGUAAAUAUCUGAAGUCGGUUUAUAUCUAAUCUCAUGUUUUGUUUGUAACUUCUAAAGAGGUGCCGGAAAAAUGGCCAGACCGCAGAUUAGCUAUCGGCCUCCCAUGACUGAUUCCGAAGAUUCAGAUGGCUACGAAGGAUUUUAUUUUGGUGAUAUGCCUUCGAAAAAACAAAGCCAAACGGCGACCUCUUGGCAACAGCAACAAAACAAACAUUCGGAAAUAUUACUAUCCGUAAGGAACGGAGAUUUUGAAAAGUUGAGGCAACAAGUUCGUGAGCUAAACAUAUCUAUCAAUGAAUCAGUGAACGGCGGAUUUACAUUGCUGAUGACUGCUUGUCGUGAGGGGCAGUUGUCUAUAGUGAGAUGCUUGUUGGAAGAUUUCCGAGCAGAUGCCAAUAAACAGGUGGACUCUUUCACGCCACUUAUGUUAGCCUGUGAAUGUACAAACAAGGAUUCACAUGUAAUUGACCAAACAGUUCAGCUUUUACUCAAACAUGGCGCAGUGAUAAAUGUUUCCGACAAGUAUGGGACUACACCCUUUAUGCACGCCUGCAAAAACGGCUACACUUCUAUAGUUAGGCGGAUGUUGAAAGAUGUAUCAUUCGAUGCAGUUGAUAACCAAGGAUGUACUCCAAUAUUUCACGCUAUAGAAAAUAACCGGGCAGACGUGGUAAAAUUAUUGGUAGAAGCUGGGGUUAACGCAACUAUUGCUAAUAGGAAGGGCUAUACGCCAGUUCAAGUAGCGCAAUUCCACGGAUUUUAUGAUCUACUUGAUUUCUUGCCCAAAGAAAAGGAUACGUAUCUUGUGCCACCGCAGUUCCUCGGCUACAACACCUUACGGGACUACAUCCCAAGAAUAUUUUUGAAAUCCGAUUGCCCAGAGUAUUUUCAGGAAAUAAACGCGAUACUCUUAUCAUUAAACAUGGGAAAAUAUCUAGAGUAUUUUGCAAAGGAACAGAUUUCUCUGUUACAAUUUCUCUCCAUGAGUGAUGAUCAAAUGAAAGAGAUUGGCAUUAAAUAUCCCAUUUUCAGAAUGAAAAUAAUGAAAGGACUUCUUGAUUUCCAUUUGCAUCACUGGACUAAAAAAUCCAUUGCCAGAGUAAGUCGGUCCUCAAAAGAGAAUUUUUAUGAAAUUUUAAUGGUAACUGCCAAUCAUUUGCAACAUUCGGUAAUCAUAACUGCAACUAUACGGUUUGUGAAAGCGCACGUCGUAUCAGGCGAGCUGGGCAUUAUCUCGCAGGAGCAUUUGCAGGCAUUGCAGCGUAAUUUAAAUGAAUACCGUACGACAAUAAAAGAACUGCACAAAACCACCAAAUAUCUGGCGACUUUCAGCCCUACAAAAAACCCAUUGUAUAUUGACUACGAUGAGUAUGUCGCUGAACGCAAACGUCUUAAAUUAAGCUGUUAUUUCAAGUACACCACAAUAGUUAUUGGUAUUUCGGUAUUUAUCUGCCUUAAAGUGAGAAAGCUCUUUUUUGGUUCCUAAAUACUCAAAAUGUCAACUCCUAAAAUAGUAAUAAAGCAUUUUAUAUAAUGCUUUGAAGAUAACUGCAUUGUUA